CACUUACAUCCAAGUGCCCGUGGGAGUUCUAUGGCAGUUGGAACUGUACCGUUUGCUGGAAGGGGUUAAUUGGCACAGGUUCCAAGAUGGCUGACAAAUGGAAAUUUUGGGGUGCGACACCUGCCAUACUGAAGAUGAGCAGAGACCCUACAACACUCUAUACAGGGCGAGCGAUGUGGGUCAGCGUCACUUUUCUUUACGUUUCAGUUGUGUAUGUGGUGCAAAUCUCCUGGCUUGACAUGGCAGAAGACUUCCAGUGCCACGGGAACAUCUCCGACGCCUGUCUAGCAGAGUGCUAUGAGAGCCACUUCACUAGUCCUGUUCUGGGAGUUUGGUAUUUCGUGGGCUUUGUCUUUUCCUCCAUCUUUUUUGUGAUGGAGUUUGCUGUCUCUCGGAAUGUACACAACCUAACCAAGGCGUUUAGGGUGGCAUCUUUAGAAGAAAAAGAGUCCAGCAACACUGUCAUUGAUAUAGACUGUACAAAGAAAGAAAAAGAAGUGACUUUUGACUUAUCCGAGGAAAAGCCCCUGUUGGCGAUGUAUCUUGUCUACUUCCUGGUACAGAUGUCUGUGCAGGUGAUCUUUUUGGUCAUCCUUUUUCACAGUCACCGACCACUGAUUACGAAACCUAUUUGGUGCAGUACCUACUUGUGUCAUGGGCCUUAUUUAUGCGUGUUAAUGGGGACGCAGGAGAAGAUAAUGUCCAUCAUACUUCUGGCUACAGUUUCAGUAGUUAUUGUGAUUUUCUGUCUUAUAUUCUUCCUGUACACCAUUAACGAAUAUCGAGUCACGAGUGUGACCCUGUCGAGGAGAAACAAGAGCUUUGCAAAAGCCUAACAGUGGCCUGAUGAUGAUCACUAACAAAAUAUGGAAUGGAUGCAAAAGAGGCCUAAGUGGUCUUAUAGUGAGGCAAUACAUAUUUUAUCCUUAUUUGCUGCUUCCAGAUGUUCUUAUCUUAAAAAUUAAAACUGGGAAGAAUGGCAAGCCUA